AUGUCUGGAGCAAAUCGUAGGAAAAGAGGUCGUUGUCUACUCAUUGUCUGUCAUUUGGUUUCUUUUCUCUCUCUAUCGCUCUAUCUCUCUUUCUCGCAACCUCCCUAUAUCUUUUUCCGUCUUUAUCUUUUCCUCUAUUUCCUUUCUUUCAAUUUUUCUUUCUCCCUAUCUAUUUUUCUCUCAAGUUCUUAUUUCUUCAUCUCUCUAUCACCCCCUCUCUCUCUAUUUCUUUCUCUAUCUUUAUCUUCCUUCCCAUCUUUAUUUCUCUCCUUUCUUUCUCUUCUUCUUUGGAUCUCCUUUUCCAUCUUUAUCACACUCUUUACCUCUAUACCUCUUAAUCUCUCCCCUUUUCAUAUUCCUCUUUCUAAAUAUAUCUCUCUUUCUCUCCCUCUUUCUACGUUCUUCUCUUUGCAGCUGAUUUUAUCUUGGUUUCUUUCUCUUUUGCAUACUCUCUAUCUCUCUCUAUCUCAACUGUCUCUCACAUUCUCCUACGUCCUCUCUUUCCGUUUUUAUCACAUUCUUUCUCUAUCUCUCAUCAGUUCUCUUCCGUUUAUAUCUCUCUCUCUCUCCUAUUUUAUCACUUCCCCUUUCUGUUUUCUCUCUCUUUCUAUCUCUUUAGCUCUCCCUCUCUCUUUCCGUACACAAUCAUAA